GUCGCCCGCGACUCUUGUUUCCUCCAAUUCUCAACCUCUCGCAUCAUUUCGCAUUGCAUUUGUAUUCCUAUUCUUCAUCGCCCUGCAUCUAUUCUCCUUUCACUUCGGAACAUUCCGUGAUAGCAUGUUUGUGUGGAUGUAUACUACUAUAUUGCUCUAGCCGUCUCAGCGGAUUCGUUGACGAUCGAAUUUCUAUGUGUCGUCCUCCAAAGUGGCCAUAAGCAGUGCGCUUGCUAUUGGCCAUUGCGUCAAGUGAUUGACCGCGUCUGUCUUUCUUGCUGACCACCACCACCAUCACCCAUAAUAAACCAACCUAUGUUUUCGAAAAAUCUUGCACGUCUCUUGCCCAAACGCUCAAUAGGUUCGACCCGCACAAUCUCUUCACUUCGUGUAUACAGCCGUCAUGUUCCCUCCAUGACAUCUGAGCACAGACGGCACUAUGCUACCCCUCCGCCGCAACUCAACGUUAGGUCUGACAUUCUCAUUUCGCGAGGCUUUUAGCAUCGACGAAGACUGACGCUCGACUCCUCUUGUCCUAUCUUUACGUGCUUCAAAGUGACUUAUCCAUGGAGCAGUAUCACGCACUCUCAGACGCGACUAUGGACACGAUGUUAGACUCGCUUGAGAGUCUGCUAGACGACUUUGCUGACCCGGAGUAUGAAGUGGAGUACCAUAGUGGGGUUCUGACACUCAAACUGGGGCCACAUGGAACGUAUGUAGUUAACAAGCAACCACCAAAUAAACAAAUAUGGUUGUCUUCGCCUUUAACUGGACCAAAGCGAUAUGACUACUCCCCGGCAGAAGAUGACUGGUUCUACUCUCGCGACGGACAAUCACUGGGGAGCUUGCUCAAUAACGAGCUGUCCAAAAUCAUUGGACAGAACGUGGACUUGGGGCUGAGGGAGACGUCCAAACGCAUUUGA